AUGGACAUUAUCUGUGACAGUGAAAAUGUUUCUCAAAGUUUUAAGGAGCAACUCAGUUCUUUUAUAUGUCUCUACAAAACAACAAACCACGAGCGAAUAGGCAGGAUGGCAAAACUAGGACAAGCAACCAUAUUUUUGGCUAAAGGAAGUCUUACCAAUGCUGGGCAUCCUAACUCUGACCUUAUGCAUAACAGCGGUGUACCUCUAGAUUCUUUAGAAGAUUUUGGUGGCGAUGGUGAAGAUUAUAGUAUAUUGUUUGCUACAGAUGAGGAAUUUGCAAAAAAGGAUGGUGUUGUUGCUUGGGUGAAAGGCAUGGGUAUGGCAAAUGAUUCGAAGACACAAAUCACUGGGUGUAAAUUUAAGUUAUAUGUGCACUUAGUGGAUGGGAAGUGGCGCAUUCGGGUGUAUCCUGGUGAGUUUGGAAUGCAUAACCACGAGCUGUUUGACGAAGAUCAUCCCACGAAGGGCCUUAGCGAUGGAGAGAAACAGCUUAUACAGGGUAUGUCCAAAGAUGGGUGCAGACCGUGUCAGAUCAUGGCUGCAAUUGAGAGGAUCUUUCCUGAUGAAAAAGUUAACAGACGGCAAGUGUACAAUUUCAGGAAGAAAUUGCGUAAUGAGGGGUUCCCGGUAUUGGGUGAAUCGAGUGCCAUGGAUGUCGCGACGAAGACACUAUCAGUGGCCAAGCAUCAUGGUUACAUCAUCAUGAUAGAUUGCAAUCAGGAGACAGACGUUGUGGAAUCUAAUAAUCAGGAUGAGUACAAUAAAGCUGUUGCCGUAAUAAAUCGUCGUUGGCAGUCUUUUCCGAGAGUUCUUACUUAUAUCCAGAAGACAUGGCUAGUGGUUGACUACAAAUUCAUCAAGGCAUGGACGAAUGCUGUGUUUCAUAUGGGCAACACUACUACAGGUAGGGUGGAGAGCGCGCACAAGCAGUUAAAAACCUGGCUGGAAACAUCCACGGCGUCACUGGAUACACUUUGGGCUAAGGCGCAAGAGUGGAAAGAAGAAACGAAUGACCGAUGCGAUCAUGUGGUGUACUGGACUUGUCGAAUUCCAUGUGCGUGCGUCCUCAAAAAAGCUGCAGAUACCGGCACAUCGAUAACUCUUAAGCAUAUUCACCCAUUCUGGGCGACCCUUAAUAUCGGUGAACAGGCUGGUACGAGUGCUCCUAGCGAUGUGGAUGACGAGGUCCUUUAUACCAGACAGUUGAUGGAAGGGCUGAACGAGUGUCCUAAGGCAGUACAACGUACUGUAAAUAGGGUUCUCCACGAUAUUAUGCAUCCAGACCAGUGUGGGUUCAAACAACCCGAGGAGGUCAAGAGAAGGAAGGGGCGGCCUAAGGGGGCUAAAUCAAAGAAAAAAGCAGAGGCCAACACUCUUGCCCAUGAACAAUCUUCACAGAAAAAAAAGCAACUCCUAAUGUGUGGGAUUACAGGGACGAGGUGCAAGGAAAGUCAACCACAGUUACUAGCGAUUCAAGACAAAAUCUACGGGACGUCCUGCCAGGAAGAAGUCCAUCGUAUACGGUGGAGUGGACAGGGUUUCGCACCUGAGCGCCAUUGGAUGUGUGUGACGGACUUGUUCGUAGUUGCGACUAUGAACAAUGCAAUUGUGUACUAUUACGGUGCAGGGGAAGAGACCCAGUCGCUAAACUCUACAUGUUGGACUAUACUACCUGUCACUGCACGCGGUGAGGCAACAUGUCCGGCAUUUGAGAUUGGGGUAUGUCACCAUGGUAUUUACAAGCACUUCAUUCGGAUCAAUUUGGACGGUGACUUUCCAGUUCCACCGAUCCAUAAUCGGUGGACUAAGGAACAUCAGCCUAGCGUUACUGGUUGGGAAUUACCACUUCUUCCUAGAAUUCAAGAUUGGUAUAGGUUGGUCCCCUCCAAUCAUGGACGUCCUAUCGGGGAUUAUGCUAAUGAUUUCAUUGAUCUUAGUUUCUUAUAUUAG